AUGGACUCCACGCUAAUUCAACCCCCAAACAACAACACAUCGAAGCUCCCCAUCAAACGCAAAACCCCCGACCCAAAUCCUCACACCACCGCCACGCCGCCCUUCAAGUUCCACCGGAUAUGGACCGAACCCGACGAGAUCCGAUUUCUGCAGGGCCUAUUGGACUGCUCCUCGCAGAAUUUAGCCUUCCCGCGGGACUUGGGAAUCUUCUACGCCCGCUUCUCCGCCACCAUGUCUCAGCCCUAUACCAAAUCGCAGCUCUCCGAGAAGCUCCGGAGGCUCCGCAAGAAGUUUCGGGUCAUCUCGACCCGCCUCUCCAAGGGCAUGGACCGAUCGCAGUUGUCCUUGCAUGAUCGCGCGCUUUACGACCUCUCCAAUCGCCUCUGGCACCCGGAAUUCGCCGCCACCUCGCCCUUCAGUGGUGCCAGGAAUGUCGGCUUCAAUCAUUCUAACAAUGCCGUUGCCGUUGGUGCUAGGGAUGAUGACGCCGAUGGGAAAUUGAAAAAAUCGAGUCUUGUUGGCAUCAAGGUCGAUUUUUCGCCUACGUUGCCGGUGAUGACGAGCGGUUUUGUUCAAGAGAAUUGUGGGAAUUCAGAAUCAUAUUGUGGUGGUGAUGAGAAUGGGGACGGCGGCGGUGACAGGGUUGGAUUAGGAGACUUGUGUGAUGAGGGAAAUGAUGAUGAAGAAGAGGAAGAAGAAGAGGAAGUUAAAUUGAGUGAGGUGAAUGUGGAGCUUGAAGGGGAAGAGGCAGCUGCGGAGGAUGAUGCAUUUGGGGAUGCGGAGGUGGAAGUGGAGGCGAGGCAGAAUGUGGAUUUCAGAUGUGAGAAUGAAAUUGGGGAGGUGGCGGCGAAGGUGGUUUUAAAUGUGUUUGAUGAGUGUUUCAAGGAGGUGGGGAGGCUUAUAGCUGGUGGAAGUGGCCAUGGAGUGGACUCAGAGAGUUUCCAUGCGCGGUGGCAGCACCAGCGGAUUGCUGAACUCCAUGUAUUAGGGAGCAGAUUGAGCCUGCUUAGUUGAUGGGAUCAAGAGCCUAGUAGGGAUGAGUCUUGCUUGUGGUGGAAUGGAACAGAAAAGUCACUUGCUCUGUGGAUGAAGAAACUUUGUAUCUGAAGCUUUUGCACAAUUAGGGAGCUUGAACUUCUUUGACUAUCUGAGGAAAAGAAGAAAGGUAUCUAUAAUGGCAUCACCUUUACCAUUUUCUGUUUGCUAUGUUAGGUUAUUGAAUGGUAUUAGUCUCCCCAAUAAAACUUAGUACUACUAUAUUAGUGGUUCUUCAUCUGCAAAACAAUGUAAAUUUGUAUUCUUGGCUACGAUCAUGAAUUUCUUUGAUUGAUGGAGUUACUGUAGGAUUAUGUUGGACUUUUCCUUUCUUUUAUAGUCCAUUGAGCUUUGAGUUUUUUUUUUUUCUGAGACGUUAACAAUGGAGACGAUGAGGUCCCAGCUGUGUGUUAGUACGGUGUUGGAGAUGUUAAUGGUUAGUGCUAUGUGGAGUAUAUAUAUAUAUUGGAGAUGUUAGUGUGUUUGGUGUUGAAUA